AUGGCGGCGCCGGGGCCCGGCGGCGGCUCCGGCGGGCCGGCCUCGGCCGGAGCCCCGGGAGGAGCCCCGGGGCCGCCCCCGGAGCUGCACCCGCGCUGCGGCCGCCUCGUGGCCCUGUCCCAGGGCGGCCGCAGCGCCGCCAGGGCGCAGCCGGGCCAGGAGUUCAACCACGGCUUGGUGCUGAGCCGGGAGCCGCUGCGGCCCGGGCGCGUCUUCACCGUGAGGAUCGACAGGAAGGUGAACUCGUGGAGCGGCUCCAUCGAGGUCGGCGUCACCGCCCUGGACCCGGCGGCGCUGGAGUUCCCCAGCAGCGCCAUGNUUGUGAACUCAUGGAGCGGCUCCAUCGAGGUGGGCGUGACCGCCCUGGACCCGGCGGCGCUGGAGUUCCCCAGCAGCGCCACGGGCACCCCAAACCCCGUGAACUCGUGGAGCGGCUCCAUCGAGGUCGGUGUCACGGCGCUGGACCCGGCGGCGCUGGAGUUCCCCAGCAGCGCCACGGGGACCCCAAACCCCGUGAACUCGUGGAGCGGCUCCAUCGAGGUGGGCGUCACGGCGCUGGACCCGGCGGCGCUGGAGUUCCCCAGCAGCGCCACGGGUGAACUCGUGGAGCGGCUCCAUCGAGGUCGGCGUCACGACGCUGGACCCGGCGGCGCUGGAGUGAACUCGUGGAGCGGCUCCAUCGAGGUGAACUCAUGGAGCGGCUCCAUCGAGGUCGGUGUCACCGCCCUGGACCCGGCGGCGCUGGAGUUCCCCAGCAGCGCCACGGGGACCCCAAACCCCCCCCCGGCCCCGCCCCAGCCCCGCCCGGACAAAUUCCCCGACAGCCUGGAGCCGCCAGGGGGCGGGCGCUGCCCCACCAACGAGGCGCUGCUGUUCCACGAGAAGUGCGGGGCCCUGAUCAAACUCAGCAACGGGCACAAGACGGCCGAGCGGCGGCGCCCGCUCGACGAGUUCAACAACGGCGUCGUGCUCACCAACCGGCCCCUGCGGGACGGGGAGAUGUUCGAGAUCCGCAUCGACAAACUGGUGGACAAAUGGUCGGGGUCCAUCGAGAUCGGGGUCACCGCCCACAACCCCAACAGCCUCGAGUACCCGGCCACCAUGACCAACCUGCGCUCAGGGACGAUCAUGAUGAGCGGCUGUGGGAUCCUGACCAACGGCAAAGGGACGCGCCGGGAGUACUGCGAGUUCAGCCUGGACGAGCUGCAGGAGGGUGAUCACAUCGGGCUGACCCGCAAGGCCAACAACGCUCUGCACUUCUACAUCAACGGCGUGGACCAAGGCGUGGCCACCUCGCUGACGCCGCAGGUGGUGUACGGCGUGGUGGACCUGUACGGGAUGGCCGUCAAGGUGACCAUCGUGCACAACCACAACCACAGCGACCGCCUGCGCCGCAACAACGCCAUCCUGCGCGCCCUGUCCCCCGAGGGCACGGCGGGGACGCCGCGCCACCGCGCCGGCGCCGCCGCGGCCACCGGCGCGGCCACCGCGGCGCCGCCGCGGCUCCUCUUCCACCCCAACUGCGGCCAGAAGGCGGCCGUGGUCAACGAGGGCCGGACGGCGCUGCGGCCGCAUGCCACCGAUGACUUCAACCACGGCGUGGUGCUGAGCGCGCGGCCCCUCGGGGACAACGAGCUCUUCCAGGUGCGGCUGGACAAGAUGGUGGACAAGUGGGCGGGGUCCAUCGAGAUCGGCGUCACCACCCACAACCCGGCCUACCUGCAGCUGCCCUCCACCAUGACCAACCUGCGCUCAGGCACGUGGAUGAUGACCGGCAAUGGGGUCAUGCACAACGGCACCACCGUGCUGGACGAGUACGGCCACAACCUGGACCGCCUCAAGGCGGGGGACACGGUGGGCGUGGUGCGCAGGGACGACGGGACCCUGCACUUCUUCGUCAACGGGGUCCCCCAGGGCCCCGCCGCCUGGAACGUCCCCCCCAACGUCUACGCCGUGGUGGACCUGUACGGGCAGGCGGCACAGGCCACCAUCGUGGACGAGGGAGAGGUGGCAGCGCUGGGCGGGGACGGCUCGGAGGGUGACAGCGGCGGUGGCAGCCCCGAGGGCGCGUCCCCGGGCGCGUCCCCGAGCGACCUGCGCUUCCACCGGCUGCACGGCGCCAACGCCGUCAUCACCAACGGCGGCCGCACCGCGCUGCGCCAGAACUGCCGCUCCGAGUUCAACGACGCCAUCGUCAUCUCCAACCGGGCCCUGCGGGACGGGGAGCUGUUCGAGAUCGUCAUCCAGAAGAUGGUGGAUCGAUGGUCGGGGUCCAUCGAGGCCGGUGUCACCGCCAUCCGCCCCGAGGACCUGGAGUUCCCCAACACCAUGACGGACAUCGACUACGACACCUGGAUGCUCAGCGGCACGGCCAUCAUGCAGGACGGGAACACCAUGAGGAACAACCACGGCUGUGACCUGUCCCUGUGUCCCCGUGUCCCCAUGGCUGUGUCCGGGCUGUGUCCCCAAUGUCCCCACGAUGACACUGAGGUGACACGGGUGACACGGUGUCCCGUCCCAGAGGUGUACGCCGUGGUGGAUCUCUAUGGGCAGUGUGUCCAGGUGUCGCUGACCGGCGCCUCCGGCCCCGCCGACAACAGCCAGAGCCCGGGGGCGGGGCCGGACAAAGCCCCGCCCCCCUCGCCAGGGGGGGCGCCGGGGCCGUGCCAGCGCUUCCACGGGCGCUGCGGGCAGAACGUGGCGCUGGCGGCCGAGGGCCUGGGCGCGGCGCGCGUGGCCGGCUACUGCCACGGGCUGGUGUUCAGCCGCUCGCACCUGCGGCCCGGAGAGCUCUUCGAGGUGCGCAUCGAGGCCCUGGACGAGCGCUGGGCGGGGUCCCUGCGGGUGGGGCUGACGGCCCUGCCCCCGCCCGGGCCCCCCGCCCUGCCCCCCUCCCUGCUGGACCUGCCGGCGCCGCCCACCUGGGCGGUCACGGGCGCCGAGGUGCGGCACAACGGCGCCCAGGUGCGCCACAACUACGGCGUCAGCCUGGACAGACUCACGGUGGGGAACCGGCUGGGCGUGCGCCGCGGCGCCGACGACUCGAUGCACCUGCUGGUGGACGGGCAGGACAUGGGACCCGCGGCCACCGGCGUGGCCAAGGGCCCGCCCACGUUCCUGGGCUGCCACGGCAAGAACAUCCUGCUGUCCAACGGCGGCCGCACGGCCACGCGCGUCUCCAGCUACAACCAGGGGCUGGUGCUGGUGGGGCAGCCCCUCCCCCCCGGCCGCCUCUUCCAGGUGCAGAUCGACGCCCUGAACCCGCAGUGGAGCUCCUCCCUGGCCCUGGGGGUCACCGGGGCCCCCCCCGGCCGCGCCCCGCUCCCGGCCUGCGCCCACGGCCUCAAGCGGCCGGCCUGGAUCCUGCAGCGCCGCGGCGUCUUCCACAACGCCAGGAAGGUCAGGAACACACCCAAAAUAUCCCAAAAUAGCCCCAAAAAUAUCCCCGAAAUAUCCCCGAAAUAUCCCCAAAAUAUCCCUAUCCCCUAA